AUGUGUCGAGUGAAGGCAAAACCAAGUGCAACGAAGGAAAUUCGUUACCGCUGCGUGAGGAAGACAAAAUAUGGUUGUAAUUGUGCAAAAAUUCGAGACCCAUGGAGAAAACCAUAUGUAUGGUUAGGCACUUUUGAUACAGCUGAACAAGCAGCUCAAGCUUAUGAUGCCACAGCCACUUCAUACCGUGGGAACAAUGCCAUAACAAACUUCCCAAUACCUUACAAUGCCGCGAACAGUGUUGUUGAAGCAUCUAGGGUUGCUGUUGGUUCUUCUUCAACCGUUGUUUCUAGGGUUCCUGUUGCUACUUCUAUACCUGCUAUUGUAGGUGAAGAUCGUCACAAUGAUUUUGAUGCUUCUUCUGUUGAUGUGGAUGAUGAUGAAGAAGAUUGUGUUAUCACUUCUUCAUUUCGGAAGCCUUUAAACAUUGAUCUCAAUUUCCCUCCUCCACCAAAUUUCAAUGAUGAUGAAGAGAUUCGCGCCACUACCUUGCGCCUAUCACUUCCCAGCUAG